AUGCAGUUCAGCUUCUUCGCGCCACCUAAACCGUCGACAGAAGCAUCUCCGACCACCACCAUCUCCCCCACGAAGCUUGCCAGCAUCCACCAUGAACCACUUCAAGAGCCACCUCCAAGUCUCCAGAUCAGGUCGAUGUGUUCAUAUCCUCCGCCGUCCCCACCCUCCUCGCCACCGUCACUGACUUCCUCUACUCCCCCUCCUUCCACGAAUCCUCCAUCCUCGGGUGGUUCUCCGCCCGUCACAGAUCUGCCCUCCACCACUCCAUGCGCGCAGAUCUGCCCUCCGCCCCUCCAUGUGCGCAGAUCUGCCCUCCGUCACUGCUGCGUCCUCGUCGCUAUUGUGUUCUCAUCGCCGCGUCCUCGUCGCCGUCACGUCCUCGUCACUGCGUCCUCACCGCAUCCACCGUCGUCGCACAUCACAUGA